CGGUUGUGUCCCGCUUUGCCGCCACCGCCUUGGUUUUCCUUGCUUCCCCACCCUCCCUCCAUCGCUGGCCUUUUUAAAAAAAAUAUGAUUCUUCCUUCUCGCUGAAGAAAGCAGCUGCCUCCCUUCGGAACCUAAGCAGAUUAAGCCGGGAAGCGCCUGAAGGGCACCGGCGUUGGCGAGCGGAGUUGGCCCAGGAGGAGGAGGAGGGAGAUUUGGCUCCGAAAUAGGACGCCGCUAAGCCGCCUUUGCGCGCCUUUUGGGAGCCGGGGUUUGGGCUGAGGGGACAGAAAGGAGGAGGAGGAAGAGGCGCAGGCAUGGAAGAGCCCUGAAAGGAAAACCCAAGGCCUGUCUUUCGGUUUCCAUGACAGUUCAUGAGGUAAUUUGAGUUUGUUGUUGUCUCCCACAAUGCUCAAGGCAGAAAGGAAGAGGCUGUGACAAGAGUUGGGACUCUAUUUUCCUGUGUUGUGAUUAUUAUACUGGAUGUGAAGAAUUGUGAAGGGAAAGAGGAGGAGGAGGAGGAGGAGGGGGGCGCUGCUUGGAAGAAGACCCUCCCUCAGCCUCUUGCUUUCCAUCUCAGAGAAGGAGAGAGGGAGAGAAGGGAGAGGAAAGGCGCGCCAAAUGUCCCUGGCUCAGGUGGGCUCCUGAAGGGGGAAAAAGAGCCCUCGUCGUCGUCGUCGUUGUCACCUCUCCGGCGUCCAAUCAGGGGCCGCCAACCUGCCUCCGUCUCUGAGAUGCCCCUCCAACGGAUCUCGGUCGUCCCGGCCGGCAAUGGGAGGAGAAGUUCCCAGGGAAGGAACAAAGAGAAGAGCAAGGAAGUCGAGAAUGAGAAAUCUCCAGGCCGCUCUACAAGUCGAUCAAGUAACAUUUCAAAGGCAAGCAGCCCUACCACAGGAACAGCUCCCAGAAGCCAGUCACGGUUAUCUGUCUGCCCUUCUACUCAGGACAUCUGUAGAUCUCCCACCUUGCAUGACAUAUCAGAAGAUAAGUUUGAAAAAUCACCCCCUGUCAUGGUGCUGAAUCCUGCCAGUAAAGAAUCUGUUAAGAAACAAGUGAAGCGAAGGGUUAGGCGGAGGAAGGAGGCUGGGGAACAUGAUGAACAUUCAGAAAAGCCAAGGAAAGACAAGGAUGGCAAAUUACACCUCAAGGUUUCAAAUCCGAGAUGGAAUGAUUUGCGCAAGGCAUCAUUUGAUUCCACAUCUUCAGAUGAAAAUCACUGGGCCCUGAUUAGAAAGAAAGAAAGAGCCAACAUGCCUAGAAGAAUGAGAAGACGAAGUACUUCAAACACUCGGCCUGAUGGGCAAUCUAUUAAAAAUACCAUUGAACUUGCCACAAUGGGGACAAAUGCAGAAAAGAAUCUAGAAAAGGAGAUGGAUCCCAAAGGCCAAAUUCUAAAUCACCGUAGGAGAAAGUCUUCAAAGUGUAAAGAAACACAUCCCUCAUUAUCUUCUUUAUCCUCUCUAGAGGCAAGAAAUUCCUUGAGACAAUGGGAAAAUCACCAGACCAAGUGCAACCACAAGGAGUCAAAGCCAUCAUCUUACCUUAGGCGAGGCAAAGCAAGAAAAGAGGAAAGCGGUUCAGAGAAAGGCUCAGGCAGUGAUAUUUUGACCCAUCCAGAAAAUGGAGCACCUGCUGAGACAGGGCCCGGUGUGACAGCUGCAGUUCAGAAACCUCCUGUGAUUUAUGAUGACUUGUCUGAUGAUUUCGAAGUGUGCAGGAUCUGUCACUGUGAGGGAGAUGACGAAAACCCCCUCAUCACACCAUGUCGCUGUACCGGGACCCUACGUUUUGUUCAUCAAGCCUGCCUGCAUCAGUGGAUUAAGAGCUCAGACACACGAUGCUGUGAACUCUGCAAAUAUGACUUUAUAAUGGAGACCAAACUCAAACCUCUUCGAAAGUGGGAAAAACUACAGAUGACGACAAGCGAAAGGAGAAAGAUAAUCUGCUCAGUCACAUUCCACAUUAUUGCUAUUACCUGCGUAGUUUGGUCAUUAUAUGUAUUAAUAGAUCGGACUGCUGAGGAAAUUAAGCAAGGCAAUGACAAUGGAGUCCUGGAGUGGCCAUUUUGGACAAAGUUGGUUGUAGUAGCCAUUGGAUUCACCGGUGGUCUCGUCUUUAUGUACGUACAAUGUAAAGUCUACAUUCAAUUGUGGCGAAGACUGAAGGCUUACAACCGAGUGAUAUUUGUUCAGAACUGCCCAGAUACGGCCAAAAAACUAGAGGAGAAAAUUUCUCCCUCCAUUCAGAACACUGAAAUCAAAGACACUGUAGUGGUGCCAGUAUCACAAACAAGUACAAACUCUCAACCAUCAGGAGAAGAAACGGCUUCUGACGGCAUGCCAGUUUGAUGAAGCGGCAUCUGUUCUUCUUCACUGGAGAGUAAAGUAAUGUGCUUUCUACUGUUCCGCCACAGUAAAAUGGCAGAAACGCUACAUAUUUUUGAUCGAAGAGCAACAGAACAAACAGGAAAGCUGAUCAAGUGAAGGUGCACAUUACCACUGGAAUGUAAUUGCGACGCCGCUUUUCACCUUUCUUGAUAAGUGUAGUCAAAAGUGGCAAAAAAAGAAGAGACAGCAGAGACAGCUUCUAAGGGGCAAACAAACAUAGCAACACCACUUUCGAUAGCGGAAAAGCCCUGCAUUUACAGUUGUACUACUGAUGUUCUGUUUACAAGGCGGGGCAGGAGCGGGUGGGGGGAGGUUGGGGACCCUUACAUGUAUUUGCUACUAUGGUCUUUUUGCUAAUAAUUGUAAUCUUUGAGGGGAAAAUACUUUAAAGCAAAUUUUUAAAGAUUCAUAUUAACCUUUAAAACCAUAUAAGAGACAUACAUCAAAGCACAAAUUAUCUAAAUUUCAUAAUGCGAGAAUUUAAACACUGAGGUGGCUUCCUGAAUCUGUAUAGCAUCUAGGAUUUAGAAGCUAUGUAAAAGAAAACUUUCUAAAAACAGUAAACAUUUAAGUUUAAAUUGAGUGACUGUUAAUUAGGUAAAUAUUUUCCAUGGUCCCCAGUAGAUGGUAAUCACAUCCAAGGUUGUUUUCCAAAUUGUAUUACCUGGAGAAACAACUUACUUAAGUGUACUGCUUGUUUUUAAAAGCAGGAUAAAGUUAAGUACAAUGAUGGGAAGAAUAUUCCCGCCACCUCUAAAAUGAUUCUGUUUAAAGGGUAACAUGUUCAACAAACAAAAGUGCUGUAGUCCAGAGAAGUGCAUUAGCUUAAAGCAGAUGACUUUGAAACACUUUCAGUACUUAUUUUAUUAGUGUGUGAAAUAUGCAAAAAAAGGGAAGGAAAAUGGAAAUUAUUCAUUUAUUUUAAGAGAUCAGGAUAGGAAUAACUCUGAAGCUGCUAGGAUAGCUUUAUGGGCAUGAUGCCAGUAUUUCUCUCAUGUACACAUGGAAAAGACAAUGAUUAAAGGUUCAAUAGUUCAGUUGUUAAUACUGCAGUUCUAGCAUAGUGAUGUAAAACUGAAGUGUGAUUAAAUAAACACUGGAGAUACACAUCAGUAUAAUGGUGUAGUCGGCAGCGAUAACAUGUAUGGGACAAAAGGGUGUUAGCAUCCCAUUUCAAAAGGCAAACAAUCUGAUACAAGAGAAACUUGAUUCCACUGUCUUAUGCCACUGUUACACUUGUUGAAUGUAUUGUGAGUUGUGCCCAAGUAAUGUGAAUUAUACAAGAACAGUGUUAUUAGUAAUAAGGGAGACUUGGAGGGCAAACCACAGUGGUUUGUCAUUUUAAAAAAAGACUACAUUUCACAUCUCAGACUUUUAAGAAAAUUGCAGAGGAUGAAAAGUUGAUCCAGGUAACUGCAGAAAAGGAGAUUGCCUAUUAGUAUCAGUUUAAGUAGCAUCAUUUAUUAUCAUACUGGAACCAGGGCCUGGUUAAACAUAUACUAACAAAGCAAAUAAUAUUUCUAUAAGGUGAUAUAUUACCAAAACGUCUUAAAUACAAGAGGUAUAACUCAACUAACCUGUCAUGUUUCAAACAAAAGAGAAAAGUGGCCAUUUUAACAUUUAAAUAUUUGGUUGAAAUUCCUUCCACAACUUUUUGUGAGAUUUAGAUUAUGAUGCAUGUUGACUGAGUUGAUGGGUCACAGUAAGGUCACAGUUUGAAAAUAAAUUUCAAACUGGAUGGUUUUCCUGCUCAGAUGUGGAAACAGUACAAUAAUAGUUUGGGGUAAAAUAUUGUUUUUCUUCUUCUUCUGCCCAGCUAUAGACUUUUAGCAUAAUGCAGUGCUUUGCAUUAAAAAAAUGACACAGAAGGCAGAAAGUAUAAAAGGCAACAAGUUGCAUAAGGAAAAACUAAUAACAUAUAAAUUGCCUAAUAUUGAAGUCAGACAACUAGUUUUCCAAAUUAUGAUUUUGAAGUGUCUAUACAGUGCAGUCCAAAGCAAACUCCAUUGUAUAAGUAUGUUUUGACCUGCAGAUUCCUAUGCAUAUGAAAAGGUCCAGUUACUUAGCCCAAAGCCAGUAAUGGUCCGAAUACAUGGAAAUUUGGGCAUGACUAUACGCAUUGAAGGAAAUGACCUUACAGUUUAAGAGGUAAAGGGAGCUUAUAGAAUAAAUGUAUGCCAGCCCACAUUUUCAAGACAAAUGGUGAUAGUGACUUUAUUACUGAAAA